AUGCGAUCUUUUUCCUUGUCUUCGGAAGAUACGUUCGACACCGUGGAGGAAGUUGAGGAUCCCGGAGGUCUCUCGCUACCUGUGCCAAUUCCAACCAUCAGGAUAAGCCCACCUCGAAGUCCAAGUGGAAGCAAUAAUACAAUAAAGUAUCAUCCAAAUAGCCCUGGAAAAGUUGCACCAAGCCGAAAGAACUCUGUUAAAGGGGACGACCGAGUGACAUGGUCCAAGAAAGAGAGGCUGGAACUCUUUUUGAGACGACAUUUUAGGCGAAAAAACUUGGAGAGAACGUUUCCGAUACUUAAAUGGGGUCCGCAGUACAAUGUCCAAAAGCUGAUUUCGGACAGUAUUGCUGGUUUCACUGUAGCCUUAACCCUUCUGCCGCAGGCCUUGACCUACGCAACAGUGGCUGGGUUGCCUCCAAUUUACGGACUUUAUUCUUCAUUCGUGGGCCCAUUUGUUUACAUAAUAUUUGGAAGUACUACUGCAAUCAAUGUCGGCCCUGCUGCAAUCCAGUCAAUCGUCACUUAUAAGUACACGGCAGGGAAACCUCCAGAAUAUGCUGUUUUUCUUUGUUUCGUCACUGCCGUAUUCACUUUAGUGAUGGGCAUAUUUAGGCUGGGUUUUGUGGCAAAUUUCAUUUCCGCCCCCGUGCUCUCGGCGUUCACAUCAGCCGUUGCAUUAACAAUUAUUGCAACACAAUUGAAACCAUUACUUGGCUUAUCAUUCCCUGCAGACGAAUUUGUGGAAACCCUUCAAGGACUAUCUCAACAUAUUGAUGACAUUAAACACCAUUACAUGGAAAAGAUGUUUCGAUGCAUGACUAAAAAUUUUCCCAGAGUUGAGAAGAUUCUGUGGCUGUUUUCCGUCACAAAAAGCGCUAUCGUAAUGUUGGGGAGCAUGAUCCUCGUGGCGUGUUGGUAUCCUGAUCAGCCCUUCUCAAUUGUGGGUCACAUAUCACCCGGAUUACCUUCGUUUAAGCCUCCGCCGUUCGAAAUUUUUAGCCCCAAGGACAACAGAACCCAUUCGUUUAGCGAUAUUAUGAAGGAGGAAGCGUCGGCCCUCUUUGUGGUGCCUCUUCUGGGGAUCAUUUCUCACUGUACGAUUGCCAAAGUUUUUGCAGGAACCAGCCGUGUUGACGCUGCACAGGAGAUUCUGGUCGUGGGAAUUUCUAAUGCGAUUGCCUGCUUCUUCAGCUCCAUGCCCAUUGGGGGCAGUUUCAGUAGGACGAUUGUCAACGUUCAGAGUGGCGUUAAGACGCCAUUUGCUGGCAUGAUCACUGGUAUCAUAGUCAUAUUGGCGCUCGAGUAUUUAACUCCGUAUUUCUUUUACAUACCGAAAGCCAGCAUUGCGGCGGUGAUAUGCAUAUCCUGUCUCUUCAUGGUGAAUCCGUACAUUAUCCUCCCGUUGUGGCGGACAAAAAAAAUGGAUAUGAUACCUUGGGCUGUGACAUUUCUCGUGACUCUAUUCGCCGGUCUGGAAUACGGGAUCGCGAUAGGGAUACUAAUCAGCGCUCUAUUCCUUCUAUUUUAUUCGGCACGGCCCAGGGUCAAAGUCGGAACACGACAGACGCCUCAGGGAACCGUUUUCAUUCACAUUUUGUUGGACCGAUCCUUAACUUUUCCAUCUGUUGAUUACAUCAGUAAUCAAAUAAUAAAAGCUGCGUGUAACUGGGGGAGCACCGACACGCCAAUCGUUAUCGACUGUCACCAUAUCCAAUACGCAGACUUUACGGCAGCUGAAGGCAUGAGAGACUUGCUCACCAACAUGAGCAACAUGGGGUACCAAGUCUUCUUCUGGAAAGUUAAACCCUCCGUAUUUCGAGUUAUUAGUGGGACGAUGCGGAAUUCGGACCUCCCGUUAUGCAGAUGCAACACGGAGGAGGAGCUGCACGCGGUUUUGGAUGGGGUCCACCGACGACUCUCCAUGUUUCACCCAUUUGUCAUACGAGAUGGUCACAAAUUGCCAUCAUUUUCUUAUUCCAUGAAAAACAAGAAAUCUUCCUCAGUGGCUAAAACUGCUGCAUCCGCAGUGUCCACGGGAGUCUUCAUAUAAAAAUAUUUUCAACGAUCAGCAAUUUAUAUAGUUGUGAAAAGAAUCAAUAGAAAAUUAAAGGGCAUAUUGUUUACUCCAUAAGUAUUUCUCUCCUAGCUAUGUACAGAUAUAUCCUAAAUCUCCGUCUGAAAAAAUCUUCCCCAUAAUCUAAUGUACAUUCUUUCCAGAUUUUCUUUUCAGAUUUCGAGCAUCCAGACACUUUAUUCCGUUUCUUGAGCUCUAUAUGGUUCCGGCUCAUACGCACUCUGAGAUUUAACAUGUGAAAGGACUUUCACCACCAGCC